AUGGCUACAGUAGCCCAGAAGCACUUUUUGGAAGGGCAGACGUACUCGGUCCCCCUGAUCCAACCAGACUUGCGCAGGGAGGAGGCUGUUCAGCAGAUGGCAGAUGCACUGCAGUAUCUGCAGAAGGUGUCGGGCGAUAUCUUCAACAGGAUCUCUCAGCGGGUGGAGGCCAGCCGGGCGCAGCUUCGGGCAAUCGGUGAGAGAGUCACGCUGGCCCAAGCGAAGAUUGAGAAGAUAAAGGGCAGCAAGAAGGCUAUCAAGGUAUUUUCCAGUGCCAAGUAUCCAGCCCCUGAGCGGCUGCAGGAGUACAGCUCAAUUUUUGCUGGUGCAGAAGACCCAGCAAAACAGAAAUGCCCAAGACACAAGAUUCAGAGCAAGCACCGAGUGCUGGAUGAGAAAGCUCUGCAGGAGAAGCUCAAGUACUUCCCUGUGUGCUUGAGCACCAAAAUUCACCAGGAGGAUGAUGCAGAAGAAGGCCUUGGCAGCCUCCCCAGGAACAUCAGCUCCCUCAGCUCCCUGCUGCUCUUCAACACCACCGAGAACCUGUACAAGAAGUAUGUUUUCCUGGAUCCUCUGGCUGGAGCCGUGACCAAGACCCACGUGGCUCUGGAAACAGAGACAGAAGAGAAGCUCUUUGAUGCUCCUCUCUCCAUCACCAAAAGGGGACAGCUGGACCGACAGGUAGCAGAAAAUUACUUCUACGUGCCAGAUCUGGGCCAGGUCCCCGAGAUUGAUGUGCCGUCCUACCUGCCAGACCUGCCUGGCAUUGCUGCAGAUCUCAUGUACAGCGCUGACCUGGGCCCCGGCAUCGCGCCGUCCGCCCCUAGCAGUGCUAUUCCGGAGCUGCCCACUUUCAACACGGAGUCGGCGGAGCCUUUGCAACCAGGGCUGCAGCAGCAUCUACCCCUGACUCCUUGCCUUCAGCCCGUGUCCUUGCUUGGUUCCCCGUGGUUUCCCGGCCCUCUGGCAGAGGGGUAUCGGAGCAGCCCGUUUGAUGGGGAUUUGGCUGGGCCUGGAGCUGGUGCGCUGACCCCUGCCCUUCCUCUCCCUGCAGCCGCGGUACAGGGAGCCCCGAAGGAGGUGGUGAACCCCUCUACGGGGCGCGCCAGCCUGCUGGAGUCCAUCCGCCAGGCCGGCGGCAUUGGGAAGGCCAAGCUGCGCAGCGUCAAGGAGAGGAAGCUGGAGAAGAAGAAGCAAAAGGAACAAGAACAAGUGAGAGCUACGGGACAAGGUGGAGAUUUGAUGUCAGACCUCUUCAACAAGCUGGUGCUGAGGCGCAAAGGUAUUUCGGGGAAAGGGCCAGGAGCCUCUGGAAAUCCUGAUGCUGGUGGAACUCCUGCCGGUGCCUUUGCUCGUAUGUCGGACUCAAUACCACCCCUCCCACCCCCACAGCAGCCUGUGGGUGAGGAAGACGAGGAUGACUGGGAGUCAUAG